UUCUGUCGCCGCCUCAGCAAGAUGUAUUCGGCGAGCGCUAAAAUAGUGAAGCCUCAAGGCGAGAAGGCUGAUGAUUUUGAGUCAUCAAUCUCCCAAGCUCUUCUGGAGCUGGAGAUGAACAGUGAUCUGAAGGCACAGCUCAGAGAGCUCUACAUAACUGGUGCCAAGGAAAUUGACAUUCAGGGGAAGAAGGCCAUCAUCAUUUUUGUGCCAGUACCACAGUUGCGUGCCUACCAAAAGAUCCAGACCAGACUUGUGCGGGAACUCGAGAAAAAAUUCAGCGGCAAGCAUGUUGUAUUUAUUGCCCAGCGCCGCAUUUUGCCCAAGCCUACGAGAAAAUCGAGGAGAAAGAGCAAACAAAAGAGGCCAAGAAGUCGUACUCUGACAAGUGUUCACGACAACAUUCUUGACGACCUGUGUUUCCCAGCCGAAAUCGUUGGCAAGAGGAUUCGCAUAAAGCUGGAUGGGUCUCGGCUCAUCAAGGUUCACCUUGACAAGGGACAGCAGACCAACAUUGAACACAAGUUGGACACCUUCACAGCCGUCUACAAGAAGUUAACAGGAAAAGACGUCAAUUUUGAAUUCCCUGAGUUUGUCCUGUGAGCAAAAUGUGAAGGCUGUAACAUUUAUGAGAAUAAGAAAAAAAUCCGUGCUGAAA